AUGAAAUUGAAAAUUGCUGGUAUAUUACAUGUACUAUACCGCGAUCUGCAGUGUUACAUUGUAUUAUACUAUAUCAAAAUGGCCACAGUCAUUCAAAACCCUCUGAAAUCACAAUCCAGUGGAACGGUGAUGAAAAACAGCCUGGGGGAGGAGUUUUACCGCGAGGCCAUCGAACACUGCCGCAGCUACAACACUCGCCUGUGUGCCGAGCGCAGCAUGAGACUGCCCUUCCUGGACUCACAGACCGGCGUGGCUCAGAACAACUGCUACAUCUGGAUGGAGAAGAGUCACCGGGGACCAGGGUUAGCCCCGGGACAGAUCUACACUUACCCUGCCCGCUGCUGGCGCAAGAAGAGACGGCUCAACAUCCUGGAGGACCCCCGGCUGAGACCUUGUGAGUUUAAAAUAGACUGCGACGCAGUUCUGAAGAAGGAGAGCAGUCUGCCCGAGGGGCCUGUGCUGGAGUCCCUGCUCAGCGCCGAGACCCUGGACAAGAAGGUGGAGACCAAGGAGGAGGAGAGCAUGAGCGAGUGUCAGAAGCUGCUGGUGGGCGACUUCCCUCAUGAGCUGGAAAUGGAGGAGCUCGAGGAUGACGUGCCCAAGCGCAAGAGCAAGACCAAAGGCCGGGCCUGUGGGAUUGGCGGCAUGAGGAAGAGGCAGGAGCCGGCCUCCCUGGAGGACAGAGACAAGCCCUACGUCUGUGACAUCUGUGGGAAGCGCUAUAAAAACCGCCCGGGGUUGAGCUACCACUACACCCACACCCACCUGGCAGACGAGGAGGGAGAGGAGGACUCGGAGCGGCACACGCUGCCCUUCCACCGGAAGAACAACCACAAGCCCAAGAAAGCCCCUGAUGGAUCGGUCAUUCCGAACGGGUAUUGUGAUUUCUGUUUGGGCGGCUCCAAGAAGACAGGCUGUCCUGAAGACCUGAUCUCCUGUGCAGACUGCGGGCGCUCAGGUCACCCCUCGUGCCUGCAGUUCACAGUGAACAUGACGGCGGCUGUGCGGACGUACCGCUGGCAGUGCAUCGAGUGCAAGUCCUGCAGCCUGUGCGGCACCUCCGAGAACGACGAUCAGCUGCUGUUCUGUGAUGACUGUGACCGAGGAUACCACAUGUACUGCCUGAGCCCCCCCAUGGCCGAGCCCCCGGAAGGGAGCUGGAGUUGCCACCUCUGUCUGCGGCAACUGAAGGAGAAGGCAUCGGCUUACAUCACCCUGACUUAAGCCCCGUCCACACCGCAUCACUGGCACCGGACACGCCUCUCCUGCUGGUUUUGCUGGGUCUUUUUAAACAAACAAACAUUCUAACAGGUUAUUCACAUUCCAGAAUUGCAAGACAGAGGUACAGAUUUACUGAUGUUCCAGAGGAAAGUUUGCAGGCCUUUUUAGAAACACAAACGAGUCUCAGAAGUGUUAUUCCAAGCGUGCUAGAGAUGAAACACUGAACUUUGUGCAAACUUUCACUGGAGUAAGGGAAAUCUGGUCUAGUGAGGGCCGUAUUCAUAAAGCAUGAAUAGGCUGGUAAAUGCAUGGAAGAUUUUAGGUUAAUGCAACAUACUUAUUAUCCAUGCACUACUGCUUUGUGAAUACAGCUCUGUACACUUCCAGAGAUUUUUUUCCAUUUAAAAAAAUAAAACAUUUCUCAGCAUUGGAACAAUUUGUAGAUAUAAGUUCAGUUGUCUUGGCAUGGGUUUCUCGUAGCCACACCCUGAGAAUCCUGUUGUGUCUUUCGCUGCUUUCACAGGCUCUGUUUAGCUCUUGGCCUGUCUUAUCCAAUGUAACAUUAGUCAGUUCAAGAUUAGUGCUAGGUCUGUGAAACCAGUCUUUGUAAAAAGUUGAAAACUGGCAUCCCAGUGAAAUUUCAGAGUUUUUUCAUAAUCCUCAGAUAUAACCACUAGGCUAGAUUGACAGUCUUUCUGUCCCUAAAACUCAUGUGUACAAAUUCCUCCUCUUCAUUUUAUUUACGUCUACUAUUAAACAGACUGUAUAUUUGCUGAGAAAAAAAACAAACAAACACUACACCAAUCACUAUGGAUGUGCAGUAACAUUGUCACACCCUUUAAAGUGGUAACUGGUUAUCUUGGAUGACAAUAACAUGCACAUCAGAAAUAUUGUCAGAUCUUAUCUUUAGUAGUCUCUAGGGAGUCUCCAUUAUUUGAUCAACCACAGACCAGUCAGUUAAAAUCACAGCUGAAUUUUUUUAACAACUCUGCUGUGUAAAAUACUCUGUAAACUUGUUCUUAUUAAUUUAGAAUCGAGUUUAAAAAAUGUCUGUUUCCUCUACAAAUAAUGCAUAGGUGAUAUGUAAAAAUAAUAAGGGAGGGAUUGACACAUUAUAUUGAGUUUAUUACUUCCCACACAGUUUAUUAUUGUUUGCAUUGCACACAGAGAACCAUUAUAUUAUCCUCCUUGAAAUUCAGUGCCUUUGUUUAAUACAGAGCUUUCAGGAAGGUGCCAACGUACACAGUGCCACACUGUAUUGUUUUGUUUUGCCAGUUGACACGACACACGCGUGGCUAGACGAGUGGAUUAGCACACACGUGAUGAUUCAUUUAGAACUGAAUUUCCAAGGUAACCAGUAACACCUUAAAGAGGAGUGUUUGGAUUUGUGCAUAUUCCUGGCUGUCCUAGCUGGCAUUAUAAUCAGUAUUAUCCAUCUGUCUACUCUAGUACAGCAUUAUAUAGCCAAUAUUGCAGUGCUGAGAAGUGGGUUGAAAUUGAUGUGCUAUAAAUGUAUGUCUGAACUUAAUUACACUCUGUUUUAAAAACGGAGUUCAUUUCUGUAUGUUGCUUUGCAUGUUGUUACUAAAGAAGAAAAGCACACUUAAUUUGCAAUAAUUUAUUUAUAACACACCCAAGAUUUUUCUACCUUUUUUUUAUUAUAAAAUGUAAAUUAUAAAAUGAUCUUGAGAAAAAAAAUAAGAGAAAGUUUACAUGGCCUGCCAGUACAGUAUGCUCGCUGCAAGCUGAUGAAGAAUAUUUGUUUUUUGUACAGGUCAAGGUUUAAGCUAGCUUGCAGUUAGCUUGCAAGCCUAUAAGAGAUUAUUUUCGUGUGUGCUUCGCGUGCUGUUCUGAGGAAUGAAGGGAAGUGUGCAUUGAGUGCAGGCCAGAACCACACCAUCCUUGUGUUUCAGAUCUCUGAGACAUCCGGUCCCUUUACACGUUCUCAGAAAGUAGGGUGGACCAAGGUAUUCUGACAUUCCAACUGGUCCCUGAAGGUAUAAAAACACCCCUAUUCACAAUGGUUUAUCCAAGGACUGUGCAGCGGCUGGCUCUUGCUGUCUCAAUGCGGCUUGAUGUAGAAAUGAAGGCUGGACAUUCAGUAGUUUUAGGUGCAAAAACAAAUGAUAUGAAAGUGUUUAAACAUGUACUGUAGCCUGUUUAAUGAACAGAAAAAUAUUGAAGCGGUGUGCAGUCAAGUUAAACGUAUUGGAUUUUUUUGCUUUGAAUGGCAUUUUAAGGUAACAAGGCUGGACAGGUCUGGUUUUCCCUAAUUAAAAACGACGUUUGGAAGUUGCUGUUUUCAUUACAUGCCAGAAUAUCUUGGACUGAAUGUUUUUUGAUCAGGCACUUAAAGGAGGCAGCUAUAGGACAGGUGCCAGGGCUCGUUAGAGGGACGACGGUUUGGAAGAUGUGCUCUCUUAAUUAUCUAGGGUUUAUUAACAUUCAAAGUGUUCGUGUUAGAGUUUGAUCUUCUAUUUUGUUUUGGUUAAAGCCAAUUCUGAAAGCUGGAAAGGGAGAGGGGUGUAGCUUGACACUUGGUUGAAUUUCUUGUGAUUGAUGGUAAGUUUGAAUGUCCACAAAAAAUCAGACACACGUAAAAACUGGUUAAUUAAUUCACGCAACUGUAUUUGACAGGCGAUAUUUGUGAUGCUCUUCUGUUCAAGUAUUGCUGGUAAGACAAGGCAGUAAGAUAUCUCUCUUAAAAUCCCUGAUAACAGGAUGCCUGCUUGGGAAUGGCUGCUGGCCUCAGGUCCUUUAUAUUCACCUCUUUAUAGUCAACUCUUUUCAUACUACAUAGUAUAGCUAUAAUACACAAUACAGUCUGGGAAAUGGGAGUUCUCUCCAUUUGUACAUUUGAAGGCAGAGAUUGUUUUACAUACAGUUAAACCUGUUUAAUAUCACUCCUGUUAAUGUCCUCUUAUUAUCACCACAUUAAAAUGUCCCAGACAGUAAUAGGGGUCAAUGGGUCCAAUGUGCGUCAAUGGGGGUCAAUGAGUACAAUGGGUCCAAUGGGGUCAAUGGGUCCAAUGGGGGUCAAUGGGUACAAGCUCCUAUUAGUAUCACUUUGGUUAUUAAUCAUACUUAGUUACCAUACAGCUAAUUUCCAGGCCACUUAAUGUUACUUAAUGAAAGCAUACUAUUAGAAAGCUUAUGAAGUUGCUGUUAAAAAUUGAUAUUUUACAAAUAUAAAGUAUGAUAGCGUACUGAACAACGCAAUACGUGUGUUUACGGCUUUCAUUUGUUUUUAUAUUAAAACGUGUUGUACAUUUAGUGUAGACUGCAUAUAGAAUAAAAAAUAUGAAUCAGCACCUAGUACUAUAUUUUGCCUUUCACAGCAAAAGAAGAAUAUUUGUUGUAUUAUUAUUAUUAUUAUUAUUUAUUUCUUAGCAGACGCCCUUAUCCAGGGCGACUUACAAUCGCAAGCAAAUACAAAUACAUUCAAGUGUUACAAUAUAAGUCAUACAAUAAGAACAAGAAAUACAAUAAUUCUCAAGUGUGACAAACCACAAUUCAAUAAUACAGCAGAUAAUAGUGAAAGUUACAUCAGGAUAUGAUUAAAUAGUGAUAGUUACAUCAGGAUAUGAUUAAGUACAAAAUACUACAGAUUAAACACUUGGCAGAUUACAAUAUUCUGAGGUACAGGAUUAAAUGCAGUAAAAUAGGGGGCAGAUAAGAGCAAAAUAAAGCAUAUUUAAAUGAAGGGUGAUAGUGUCCCAGGAUACAACAGAGGAGUUCUACAGGUGCUGUUAGAGUUAGGAUUUGUACAAUAAGAUUCUGUUCAUUUGGGUUAUAGAUAGGCUUAGGGCUAGUGUUUGCACAUUAGAGUUAGGGUUAAGGUUAGAGUUAGUGUUUGCAUGUUAGGGUUAGAGUUAGAGUUAGGGUUAGAGUUUGCAUGUUAGGGUUAGAGAUAGAGUUAGGGUUAGUGAUAGAGUUAGGAUUAGGGUUAGGGUUUGCAUGUUAGGGUUAGAGAUAGAGUUAGGGUUAGGGUUAGUGUUUGCAUGUUAGGGUUAGAGUUAGGGUUAGAGUUUGCAUGUUAGGGUUAGUGUUUGCAUGUUAGGGUUAGUGUUUGCAUGUUAGGGUUAGAGAUAGAGUUAGGGUUAGUGAUAGAGUUAGGAUUAGGGUUAGUGUUUGCAUGUUAGGGUUAGAGAUAGAGUUAGGGUUAGGGUUAGUGUUUGCAUGUUAGGGUUAGAGUUAGGGUUAGGGUUAGAGUUUGCAUGUUAGGGUUAGUGUUUGCAUGUUAGGGUUAGAGAUAGAGUUAGGGUUAGUGAUAGAGUUAGGAUUAGGGUUAGUGUUUGCAUGUUAGGGUUAGAGAUAGAGUUAGGGUUAUGGUUAGGGUUUGUGUUUGCAUGUUAGAUUUAGGGUUAUGGUUAGGGUUUGCAUGUUAGGGUUAGAGUUAGGAUUAGGGUUAGUGUUUGCAUGUUAGGGUUAGAGAUAGAGUUAGGGUUAGGGUUAGUGUUUGCAUGUUAGGGUUAGAGAUAGAGUUAGGGUUAGGGUUAGUGGUUGCAUGUUAGGGUUAGAGUUAGGGUUAGGGUUAGAGUUUGCAUGUUAGGGUUAGAGUUUGCAUGUUAGGGUUAGUGUUUGCAUGUUAGGGUUAGAGAUAGAGUUAGGGUUAGUGAUAGAGUUAGGAUUGGGGUUAGUGUUUGCAUGUUAAUGUUAGAGUUAGAGUUAGGGUUAGGGUUAGGGUUAGGGUUAGUGUUUGCAUGUUAAUGUUAGAGUUAGAGUUAGGGUUAGGGUUAGGGUUGUGUGCUGGUUUAGGGAGUGUGCAUUAAGGUUAGAGUUAGGGUUCUAUGCAUUAGGGUUAGGGUUGUGUGCCUAAGGGUUAGGAUUUGCUUAUUAUGGAUAGGGUUAUGGUUAAUGGCAUUUUCUAGGUUUUUGGUGAACUCCUGAUAAACUGUGUAUUGUCACAAUUGUUCCUCAGUCUCUUUGCAGUGACAUUAAAAGGACUGUAUGUGGUUAUCUGUAUGGUACCUACAUGAUAUAUAAGCUGUAUGUGACAAUUAACCCAUUUGCACUGAUUUUCACAUGUGGGUAUUUUAACAUUCACAGGUCUAAUAAGGUAUAUAUGCCAGCCUUUUACAUAUUACCUUACCGUCUGACCUUUGAGGAUCUCUGCAAUCAUUUGGUUUGUUUUUCAUGUUUCUCCAAUGCUUAGUUCUAUUCAUAUUUCCCUGUAUCCAUUUAAACUGUAGUCUGGUGUUGCUGUAAAAUCCAAAAUAUCCAUGGUCUUUGAUAUCAGAAUUGUGUGGCUGCUUUCUUGAUGAGGACAUCGAAGACCAAAGACACCUAACAGAAUUCAGCUGAAUGUUGAUCUCUAUUCAAUAUUGGAGAAAUAGAAAUACUCUGAAUGGUAGCAAACAUCAUGAGAAGGUAACAGUAUUAAAUAUCUGCGUAUGCUACCAGCAGAUACUACGAAGGGUUAGCUGCUGCCCUUUUACAAGUACUAACUUUUCAAGACAUUGAAAAAGACUUCUAGUUGAAAUGUUUGUUGUGGGAAACUUUCUUUUAGUCUUUCUGAAUUGAGCACUUGAGUGUUUAAUAGUUCUGGAUGAUAGCUACAGCCCUUACUCGUUAGCAAAACCCCUUUACCAUCCUGAGACUUUCUUAUUUCAUAACAAAGUGGGCAGACAAAGUGUUUUCUCAUCACUGUUUUUCUAUAUGAAAUGUCCUAACACACCUGUACGAAUUGCCAUUCAUUAAAAAACAAAUGUAAAUAGUAUAUUUUCAGCUCAUGAGUAUAUUAUACUCAUGAGCUGAAAAGCUGCAUCUUUAAUCACACAAAGGUUUUUACCAACAGUAUUGUAGGGAGCUAGUUGCUAAAAACUUGCCAAUGCAGUUUUUUUAAUUUUUUUUUUAAAAUCUCAGCAUUGUUAUUGAUCAUAAUAAAUAUGUACCUAGCAAAAAUUGAUUCAGAUCCUGAGGUGAUACUGAUAUAAUUAGGAUCCUUAAUUUUCCAUAAAGCCCCCCCCCCCUACUGUGAAUGAAUUAAAACAUUAUGAAUUGCACUACAAUGUAAUGCAAUAUACUGUAAUGUAAUAGGUGUUAGGGAAGCUUACAUUUAAGCUGUCAUGUUUUGCAUCACACAUACCUCUCUUCUUCUUGUCAACUGGGUCCUCCCUUAUAAAAGUUCGCCACAGUAAAUGUGCACAAUAUUUCUGCAGUUCCCAUGCUUUUCCUGUGAUUAUACUCUGCAUUUACCAUAGUUUAGCCUGGUCUGCCAUGUUCUUUAAUAUGCUGCACCAUACCUCUCUGUGCUUUACAAUGCUUUCACUUAGCUUUAUUAAACUUCAGUAUGCAUUUACUAUGGGAAACAUUUUAAAGGUGAGCAACCACCCAGAAUUAUUACAAACAGCAUGACAGAGUAAGGGGAAUGGUUAGUUCUCAUGGUGUGUGUAUCUGAAGCAUGUGGAUCUGUGCAUGCUGGCUUACUGUGUGUUAUUCUAUUAUCCUAAUUUGAAAGCUGGUGCUUCCCCAAUCUACCUUUUUUGCAUUCUGAGUCUUUGCACAGAGAGUACUUGGUAUUAAAAGGUGCUGUAAAAAUUGUGUGUACAAAAAAACUUUAUACUGGAGCACUUAAAAAUAUUCAAACAUCAUGAUUGGCAGUUUAUGUGAAGUCUAGAGCGAUAUAGCAUGACGUUGCAAUGGAAUCGAGUCCACAGUUAGUAUGAACCCUUAUUGACUGUUAUUAGCAAAACAGAUCAGAACUACUAACUGACCAGAAACAGUCAAGCUGAACACAGUGGAUUCUUUGAAGGAUCCACCUCUUAGCAGCCUGGCAUGGCCUUGGCAUUCUGAUUAACACGUUUUCAAGGGGAUGUCUUUCUGAAAUAGCAUUCUUGUGUUAAAGCAUUGAUUUACAAUGUAACAAGUUUCCAAUAUCUAAAUAUUUUUUAAAGAGAUACAGUUAAGUGAAUGUUAAAAAUCAUCCCCACUUUCUGCAUUUUGGGGUUAUUCCUGGCUUAUGGCAGGAAAAUCCUCAUGAAGUCCUGGUAUUGUUGGAGCCCACAGUAGCGGGAAUAUUGAAACCCUGAGUGAGUGUCUGCUGAUUGCGGGAUUAGUGUAAGAGGCAGUCCAUUUCGCUGGAUUGAGAAAUUCUGGAUAAAAGGCUCAGUUUUCACUCUACUUUUAGCUUGCGAUUGUCAACUGAAAAUUAUUUUAUGGAUAAGCCAGUAAAAAUCACUGGGUAAUUAUAAAGCAGGAAAAAAUAGCAUGGCUUUUCCUAUGCUGGUGAUUGACUGGUGGCACAUACACUACCAACUCAUUGUGGUUCCGAAUGACUACUGUCAUAGUACAUUAAAUACAACUUUGUACUAACUAAAUCAAACCUGUUACCCACAGAUACAGAACUAUUGGACACUAAACCAGUAAAUUACACUAUUUGCAUAGAACAAAAACUAAAAUAAACAGCUUCAUAGUAAAAUUCUUGCUGUUUAACUUCAGUAAUAAUGCCAGCUCCUAUGGUCCCUGGACUGCCCUUAAUAUUGAGGUUGCACUGUAUUGCCAGACACCCCAGAGUUCACAAAGUCCCGCAGCAUUUCACACUCCUCAGCCGAUCUGGACUGCCUUGAGGUCUUGCUUUUCUAUUUAGACCUUUGUGUUGAGGAUUGAAACGCGAUGCCUGUAACAUACGCUUUCGUAUUUAAUCAAUUCCGUUCUUUCCUCUGUGGUCUCCUGGUCGGUGCGGCCCAAUCGGAGGAUGCCUUGUUAUUGCAAAUUAGGUUCCUCUUGUAUAUUAGCGUGCUGUCUUCUUGCUUGCAAUGUGUAUGUUUUUUUUUGUUUGUUUCUUUCUUUUUGUAAUCGUGUGUUGGAAAAUGAAGUGAAUCUGUUUUAGAGAUCAAAUCUCUUUAAUUUGUCCUUAAUGGAAUGCUUUUAAAUAAUGAAGAAAAAUGAUAAUAAGCAUAAUUAUAAUAUGUAAAAACAUUCAACUUUUAAGAUUAGGUUUUAAUGAUUCUUUGUGUUCAUUUCAGAGAAAUAAAAGUUGCUCCCUUA